AUUUUCGUUUAUUGUACCAGAAAGUACAAUUAGUUUCUUUGAUCUUCAUCUUUUUAGAACUAGACGCCUAGAGUCAAACAAUGGGUACAUCGUACGUCGUUGAAAAUGCAACCAACAAGACAUUCUUUACGUUCUUCUCGGAAUUCAACAAGGCCUGGACGGAGAGCUACAUCCUUGUCAACGUCAUCUUAGGAUUCCUCUUCCUCAUGUCGCUAGGAGGCAACAUCCUAGUCAUUUACUUCUUCAUCUGUUUCAAGGCCAUCCGACAAGUCACCAAUCUCUUCAUUACUAACCUGGCCGUGUCUAACCUCAUCUUCUCCAUCAUGGUUCCCUUGGUGAUGACGACCCGAGUGACCGAAGAAUGGGUGCUUGGGGAGGCCUUGUGCCACUUGAUGACCUCCAUUGAGUUCUUCAGUGGCAUGGUCUGUGCAUGGACCAUGGUGCUCAUCAGUGCGGAUCGCUACCGGGCUAUCAUCAAGCACCAGGGUCGAAGAUCCACCAUCAAUGGAACCCUAGUCCGUCUGGCGCUGGUCUGGAUUGGGGCGUUGCUCUUCACGAGCCCCUUGGCAGUGUUCUUCAGGACAAUCGAGGCGACCAUUGAGGAUGGAUCCAAGAGCGUCCUGCGGAGAGUGACGGUUUGCUCAGUGGAUUUCCCCGGACCAAACUACAUCCUGGUGAUCUACUCCUGCAUCAACAUCCUGGUGGUGUUCAUCAUCCCGUUGACUAUCAUCACCAAGAACUACCGGGCCAUCAUGAAGGAGUUCUCCUCCAGUUUACAGAGGAUGCGGGACCACAUGGAGUCUGCUCCCAGAUCUCGUAACAGCUCAGUGAGAGUCGCAGCCAACGUCCAGAAGGAAGCCCACGUCUUGAGGAUGCUGAUUGCCAUGGUGGCUCUCUUUGUGCUCAUGUGGGGGCCUGUGACCGUCUUCAUUGUAGCCAUGACCGCGGACAACAUGCAUACUAACAUCAUACAAUCGUACCAACUGAUGACCGUGUUUAUUAUCACUUAUGCCAAUGCUGCCCUCAACCCUGUCGUGUACGGUGUUCUGAACGAGCAGUACCGGAACCACUUCCGGCAACUGUUCAACAAGAUACGGUGCAAGGCGUGCGGCACCGCGGCGACAGAGAACGCGAGCACUGGGGGAAGGAACAGCAUACGGCAGGUCAUACGUACACUCAGUGGCAGGGAGGUGGAUAACACAAGACAUAUGAACGGAGACGGCUGCUGUGAGAAUGUCAUGGACAAUAUCUGCGAAGAAACACCUUCUUAAACUUUAAGAAAUGUAUCCUUUAAAAAUCUAAAGUUAAAAUGUGAUACAAGCAUUUUUAUCCGUACAGCAGUAAAUGUUGUUUCAUAUUCCACAAAAUAAACAUUAAAAAACAAACCAAAAUCAAUGUGGCAUUUUCAGUAUUUUUAUUUAAGCGCUUUUUCAAAAUUGAACAAAUACUUUUUGAAUGGUCAUUGAUGAAACAGGUCAGUGUCCACAUGGCCAUAAUAUGUAUUUUAUUAAAACUGAUUUUG